CCUAAAAGAUUUUUUGGCCUCAACCCCUAAGCUAUUAAACAAAAGGCAUUGUUUCUUUUCCGCACCGCGGUGGCUACCUAAUUUCUCAUUAGUGACAAGAAUCAUUUUUAUUCGUUUGCUAAUCAUGUUUAGGUAUCCAGGACCAAAAGAUGGACCGCCCUCUUAAAAGCCAGAACUCCACAGAGGGAAGUUCCCGCGGCUCGAACUGACGUGAUUUUACGUCUUCAAGACAAGACAAAGCUCAUUUACCAAGACAAGACAAAGAACAUUCACCAAGACAAGACAAAUAACGUUCACCAAGACAAGACAAAGAAGCGUGAUAAAAGUUUACCGUCAAGCGAGAUGUACAGAUUACCUGAUGAAAAAUGGCGGUUUGUAUCCUAUAGCUUACCCAAGGUAACGCCUUUUUUGCUCUCGUCAUCACCAUCAAGAACCACUCUCUCGCUCAAAGACCAUUUCAGUCCACCAUACUUUCUGUUCCGUCCAAGAUACCGUCCAAAUUUAGGGUUUUUUUCUAGUAAAACUCGCGACUUGGACUUUGUUUCUCCAUUUGGUUAUCCCUUUAAGAACUUGGUGCGGAAGCGAAAUUUUCUUUUAACCUCAAAACCGUGGUACGCGAUAGACAUAACUGAAUCAAACACUGAGGCACAUUUUCAAGACUUAACUAGAACAACAUCAAAUGAAGGAAUACUUACACGAACUUUUAACAGUGAUAUAGCAGGAACAGAAAUGUGUACAAUACUUGAGACUACAAUUGACACAGAUUAUGAAUAUGAAUUUCUAAAUGAUGGCAAUGACGCUCAUGAAAGUCAUGAAUAUUUAUCAACUAAAGAAUUAGAUACAGGAGAAACAUCUGCAAUCAGUCAUGAUGCAACGCAUAAUUAUGAACUUGAGAAUAUUGAUAAAGAACAGGAAGAAAUACAAGAAUAUGAUGUGGAACGGAAAUUUUUCUCGAAUAUUGAAACUAAUACAACAACAACAACUAGAACGACUCGGACGUAUCCUUACCCUCAAUGGAUUUGCUACGAGUGCGGGAGGAAUGAGACAAAAUUUGGGUCAUCGUUUUGCCAUAAUGUGUUUGAGAUUAAACCGCGAAAAGAAAACAAUAAGAUGAUGUCUUUAAGAUAUAGAUGCAAUGGAAAUUGGAGUGUUGUGUACGGAUGCUUUAAACGAUUUCUGGAUGUUGGUCAUUAUAAUGAAAGGGGAUGUAGAAAUUGGCCGCCUAGGAGAUCAGGAAAGACAUAUGCUUCUAAGAGGCUGCGUGCUUUGGAAAGAGUCUUGAAAAACGAGAAAGAUGCUUGUAUUUUUACGCCGCAAGCGUCUCUUGUAUCAUUCAGUCGUACUGUGCAAUUGUAUGUCAGGUUUCAUGUGUGUGUGUGCCGUGGUCCGCUCUGUAAUUCGGCUUCUAGUGGGUCAUGUGUGGUUACGUUAUUUUUAGUGUCGUUAAUAAUAUUCUAUGUUAAAUAAUUGAUAAAAGCUUUUUAUUA